AUGGGUGUCCAGCGAAAGAUCAUUACCCGUGGCUCCGGUCCCUCGCCCGCAUCGGGUGAUAAGGUCUCGAUCCACUACACUGGCUGGCUCUAUGAUGCCAAGAAGGCAAACAAGGGCUUCCAGGGCAAGCAGUUCGAUAGCUCCAGAACUCCUGGCCGUGGUAUCUUCGAGGUUCAGAUUGGUGUUGGACAGGUUAUCAAAGGUUGGGAUGAGGGUGUCCAGGAGAUGUCUCUGGGUGAGAAGUCUACCUUGACCAUUACCCCUGACUAUGCUUACGGCGACAAGGCUAACGGCAAGAUCCCUGCUGGCUCUACUUUGAUCUUUGAGGUUGAGCUUCUUAAGAUCAAUGGUAAGGGUCUUUAA